AUGACGGACGUCCACUCCGACAGCAGCAUGGACGACUCUCUCGAGGUGGCCAAACGACGCGGCCGAAUGGCGCGCUGGCGCCAACACCUCGCCGAAGACGCCAGCAAGGAAUACGCCGACCUGAUCCUCAUCGUCACGUGCUUCAUUUCCGGCCUGGUGGACAGCGCCGUGUUUAAUGUGUGGAGUUGUUUCGUGAGCAUGCAGACAGGCAACACCGUCUACGUCGGCCUAGGCAUGUCCGGCCAACCCCUAAGCCAACCCUACCGCUGGGUCAAAUCCGGCACGGCCAUCCUCAGCUUCUGCCUGGGCACCUACUUCUUCAGCCGGGUGUGUCGCCUGCUUGGCCCCCUGCGCCGCGGCACUUUAUUCGGCAGCUUCAUCUUCCAGGCCCUGCUCUGCUUCAUCGCCGGGAUUUUAGUGGUCAGCGGCGUCGUCCACAAGGACGCAGGCAACCAGCUCCCACGAAACUACAUCGUCCUCCUCCCGCUGGGGUUGCUCUCCUUCCAGUCCGCCGGGCAGAUCGUCAUGAGCCGCAUGCUGCUGUACAACGAAUUGCCCACGAUCGUGCUGACCAGCACGUACUGCGACUUGAUGUUCGAUCCGCUGCUGUUCACCGCGCCGGUGACGCAGAACCCGAAGCGCAACCGAAGAUUCGUUUCCGCGGUGGCGCUCGUGCUCGGUGCGGGUCUCGGCGGCGUGCUGACCAAGGGAGGGGAUAUCGCUGAUCCGCUGUGGAUCGCCGGCGGGGUCAAGGUCGUGCUGGGCUUGGUUUGGGUGUUCUGGAGAGCAGAGGGGGGCGCGAUUCGGUUGCCGUAG